AUAGAUCGUAAGAUCGUUCUUUGAAGAUAAGAUAAUCGCGGUGAGAGCAUCUAUAUUUUGCGUUCAUGACGGAGCACAGCCGGCGAUGUGACAGUUGACAGUUGAGGAUUGUCGUUGCCCGCGGGUGGUUAUAUUUUUUCAGAGUAAGCGUCACGCUGUGUUGCGAAUAAUUCCAACAGAACGAAUGCGAGGACGAUAAAUGUCAGUGAUGCAACGUUGAUAGCUUGGCCACCUGGAAGUGAGAGAUAUUUGUGAACGCGAGAGAUCGGCGAGAAAUCAUACACGCAGCUGAGGAUUCUUCGAAAAUAAUUCUUCUGGAUUAUAAAUUAUAGUUAUACUUAAUUAUAUAAUAAUUACGAUAAUUGGUUUUGAACGUGAAACAGCUCUCGGCGUUUGUUAGACAUGGAGGAUGCGCAAGAAGAGUUGCAAUUUGUGGUGGACGAUGUCAGCAACAUCAUCAAGGAAGCCAUUGAAGUAUCAAUAGGUGGUAACGCAUAUCAGCAUAAUAAAGUCAAUCAAUGGACUUCCAACGUUGUCGAGGCCUGCUUAGGCAAUCUUACAAAAUUACAGAAGGCUUACAAGUACAUCGUGACGUGUACAAUUAUGCAGAAAAACGGAGCCGGGCUUCACACUGCAAGUUCGUGCUACUGGGACAACGCCACCGACGGGAGUUGCACGGUGCGUUGGGAGAACAAAACCAUGUACUGCAUCGUGUCCGUCUUUGGACUGGCCCUUUAAAAAAUUUACUCAGUCGCGUAAUGGAAUUCUUCGUUUCCGCAAAAUUCAAUAAUUCCGUAGAUGCGCCCACUUUAAGAAAAUAAAACGUUACGUUUUCAAGUCAACUUCGAAAUAUGAUAUUUUUGCACAGAUCUAUGAAAAAUUGUAGCUAGAGCAGCGUAAGCGGCAUAAGUGUGCUAUCAAGUGUAAUAAUUUAAUGAAAUAAUUAUCGAGAUGUGAUAUGUAUAAAUAAAAAAAAUGACACUUAUCCACAUGCAAAUGUAGGUACGGUAAAAUAUAUAUAUUUAAUUAUCUUAUUAUUUAUGCUUUUAUCAGGAACAGUACUCUAUUUAUACACUAGCACUUUUACGAAAUAAUAAAUGCAACAAAACGAUCGUGA